AGCGGUAUGCAAAUGCAGAAGUGUCUUCAUGCAGUGCAGCAUGGGUUAGCUGUCCCUCCUUCCUCUCUCCCUCCUCUUUCUCUUUGCCAUGCUCUGUCUGACGGUGUGAGGCGUGUUCUCAGCUCUCAGAGUACUGCAACAGGUUCCUGUGAGAGCUGCUUAGGCUAACCGCACCAGCACUGUGGUGCACCACUCUUCCGGACUACACUGAAGAAGAAGAAAACAAUUAAAGAAAAAGGCAUGAAAGACUGUGACACUUAUUGCAGUUCAAAUUACAAACUAUAAAGGGCCCAUGUCUUAAACUUUACCACAUGUAAAAGUGACGAAUGUGCUGCCUCUUGGACUUCAAGGACACUGGUAGAGAUUCCUUGACAGCGGUUUUGUUUUCACCUGCUUGUACUGGACUGACUGAAUGCAUCAUGACAGAGGAGAAUGGAGUGGUGACCCGCAAUGGCACAGAGAAGGCGCCAGAGGAGCUGAAGAUAGUGAUCGUCGGGGAUGGAGGCUGUGGCAAGACCUCCCUGCUCAUGGUCUACGCUAAAGGGGAUUUCCCAGAGAAAUACGCUCCCUCCGUGUUUGAGAAGUAUGUUUCCAGUAUCAAAGUCGGGAACAAGGAAAUCAAUUUGAACCUUUACGACACAGCAGGUCAAGAGGACUACGAUAGGCUCCGUCCACUCUCUUACCAGAACGCCAACCUCGUCAUUGUCUGCUAUGAUGUCACCAACCCCACUAGCUUUGACAACGUCUUAAUCAAGUGGUUUCCAGAGGUAAACCACUUCUGUCUUGGAGUCCCCAUCAUCCUCAUCGGCUGCAAGACGGACCAGCGGAAAGACAAGGAGCGCACACGGAAACUCAAAGCAUCCGAUCUGGAGCCCAUUACCUAUCUGCAGGGUGAAGAGAUCGCACAGCAGAUAAACGCUGAGAUGUACUUGGAGUGUUCAGCCAAAUUCAGGGAGAACAUCGAGGACGUUUUUAAGGAAGCCACAAAAACAGCUCUGAGCGCCAUGAAGAAAGCAAAACACCAGAAGAGGAAACGCAGGCAGUGCGUGGUGCUGUGAAACGCCGCGCCUGGAGCUGGGGCAGCGUUCUCCACAGUGUGGGGCAACAGAAUAAAGAGAUUCCUUUUUUU